CGGGAAUGGCGGUGGCGGCGGCGGCGGCGGCCACGAGCGAAGAGGGCAUGGAAACCCUAAUCCGAGAUUUCGAGCAUAUCUAUCAGGGGUACAAAGAUGCUGUCUUGGAGAUCCAGUCAUUGAAAUCGAGUUAUAGUGCUGAGAUUACUCGACGUGAAGCCCUUGAACUUGCUUGUAGUGAUCUCAAAAAUGAUAAUGAACAUUUGAAGAAGUUAUAUGCUAAUUCACUGACCAAGUUGACACAUCAGAUGAGAUGCCAUAUUAAGUGCCAGAGUUUGAAGGAGGAACUGAAAGAUGCUGAUGACCGGCUCAUUGGUUUAGAUGAUAAUCAUAGGAAAGCUAUUGAACAUUUAAAACAAGAAAGUGAAGUGAAGAUCCAUGACCUUGAGAGGCAACUAAGCUGUUCUCUUCUUCAACAAGCAGCAGAUAAAACUCUGAUAAACCAGCUACAACAAGAUUUGGCUGCUCACAGAACUCAAAUAGACAUUUUAAAGACAAAUCUCGAACAGAGUGCUGCUGGUUUUGAUAAAAAAUAUCAUCAAGAAAUUCAUGAUUUAAAAGACUGGGUUCUAGUUGAACAGGAAGAGAAAAAGGAGUUGCAAAAGAAGCUCCAAAAUGCAGAAUGUGAAUUGCUAAACCUCAAGACAAAGCAGGCGGAAGAGCAAAGGGAGUCAAUCUCCAUCCGUCAGAUCGAGACGUUAAAGCAGAAGAUAAUGAAACUAAGGAAAGAAAACGAGUCUCUAAAGAGGCGGCUACAUGUCUCUGAACUUUGAUGUGGCAUUGCACUUUUUCAAAUCGAACUGUACAGGAUCGUAUUUCAGCAAAAUGUACUCAGUUAUACACACAGAACUUGCAUGAUGACUAAAUUGUGGAUUGAAAUUGUUUUUUUGACCUGUGAGUGUAGUGUAAUACAAAUUCCAGCUUUUCAUUUGCACAUAAAGCUUA